AUGAAGAAGUUUUUCGGCCUCAGAGGCCACGCCCUUAAUUGGGCGGUGGGCAUUAUUGCUGGCUGUGACUUCCUUCUAUUUGGUUAUGACCAGGGUGUUAUGGGUGGCAUUUUGACUCUUCCCAUCUUCCUCGAAUAUUUCCCAGAAAUCAACCCUGAUGCCGAUGGCAUUUCUCCAGCCGAGUCUUCACAACGUUCGACUAAUCAAGGAAUCUCCGUUGCCUCUUACAACUUGGGCUGCUUCAUUGGCGCCAUCAUCACUAUUUUCAUUAGCAACCCAUUGGGACGAAAGAGAAUGAUCAUGCUUGGGACUACCAUUAUGAUAGUUGGAGCGAUCCUGCAAGCAAGUGCGACAACUCUGCCGCACUUCAUCGUUGGCCGUAUUAUCACUGGGCUGGGCAACGGCGGCAACACCUCCACAGUGCCAACAUGGCAGUCAGAAACAUCAAGCGCGCAUAAGCGAGGCAAGCUGGUCAUGAUUGAAGGCGCGCUCAUUACUUGCGGCAUCAUGAUUAGCUACUGGGUCGACCUCGGUUUGUCCUUUGCACCUGGUUCCGUUGCUUGGCGCUUCCCCUUGGCUUUCCAGAUCGUCUUCUGCAUCUUCAUUCUGGCUUUGAUUUGGGGGUUACCCGAGUCCCCUAGAUGGCUCAUUUUGAAGAAGCGUGAUGAGGAAGCAAAGGAGGUUCUUGCUGCUCUUGCGGAUACUGACAUCACCGAUAAAUAUGUGGAGAAUGAGUACUCUGAGAUCAAGGACACCGUGAUCGAAAUGUCCAAGGGACGCUUCUCAGAUCUCUUCACCAUGGAUAAGGACAGAAAUCUCCAUCGCACCAUCCUGGCAUAUACCAAUCAGAUGUUCCAGCAAAUCAGUGGUAUCAAUCUCAUCACAUAUUACGCCGCAGUGAUCUACAAGGGUCUCGGCAUGAGUGACUUUCUCUCACGCUUGCUAGCCGCCCUCAACGGAACAGAGUAUUUCAUUGCAUCUUGGCCGGCUGUCUUCCUUGUUGAGCGCGUUGGUCGACGAAACCUGAUGCUGUUCGGCGCGGUUGGACAGGCUGUCACCAUGGCCAUCCUUGCUGGAGUCAACUCCCGCAGCGAGACCGGCAACCAAAUCGCCGGUGUCGUCUUUCUCUUUGUCUUUAAUACCUUCUUUGCCGUCGGAUGGCUAGGCAUGACUUGGUUGUACCCCGCCGAGAUCGUGCCUUUGCGUAUCCGUGCCCCGGCUAAUGCGCUGUCCACCAGCGGAAACUGGAUCUUCAACUUCCUUGUGGUGAUGAUCACGCCGAUUGCGUUCAACAACAUCAAAUAUCAGACGUAUAUCAUCUUUGCGGUGAUCAACGCCUUUAUGGUGCCCUGCGUGUACUUCUUUUACCCCGAGACCGCGUAUAGAUCUCUCGAGGAAAUGGACAGCAUCUUUCACAAGGUCCGCGGCUGGAAGGGCGUAUUCACUGUGGUGCACCAGGCCAAGAUUGAGCCGCGCAGAUAUGGCAAGAAUGGCGAGCUGCUGAUCGACUAUAAUGAGACGGAGGAGCAUCGAGGACACGUUCAUCCGAACGACAGCGAUAACGAGAAGCAGCGCGAUAAAGCGAGGUUCAGCCAUGCAGAGGGCAUGGACGGCGUCUCAUCGCCGAGUGGAAGUGCCUCCAGUCCGGGUGGUGGACUCUGGACGCAUGAUGAGGAGAACGGGAGGCCGCAGAAGUGA